UUUCCAGAUGCCAUUUUGUAAUAUCAAGGACGGUACACGUCGACAACAAAAGAGAAAGUUUGUAAAUAAUGUAGAUUAGUUUAAGGACAGAUCCGUUUAUUUUGCAAUUUGGAGGCAUUAUGAUCCGAAAGAAGUUUGUGUUAGAUGUCUUAGGUUGCUGAGACAGGAAAGUCUGAACUGGCACACUUCCUGAUUCAUUCUCACGCACAGUUCUUUUAAAAUGAGUGUCUGCGAGAAGAGAGAGAAGGAGGAGGAUGUGCACAUACACAAACCAGCAUCUCCAGAACCCAGCUGUGUGUCUAUAAAGAGUAACAGAUCUAUCCUGAGCCCUCCUGAAUUCAGUGACGGAGCAGUGACAUCUGUCCCUGACGCUGCCUGUACAAAGAGUCUCUAUAAGGAUGUUCAGACACACAAAACAAAAUCUUCAGAUCUCAGCUGUGUGUCUAUAAAGAGUGACAGAUCUAUCCUGAGCCCCCCUGAAUUCAGUGACGAAGCAGUGACCUCUGAUCCUGACGCUGCCUGUAAAAAGAGUGACUUCAAUGAUGUCCAGACACACCAAGCGAAAUCUCCAGAACCCAGCUGUGUGUCUAUAAAGAGUGACAGAUCUAUCCUGAGCCCACCUGAAUUCAGUGAUUUAGCAGUGACCUCUGACCCUGAAUUAAAGACAGAGUAUUUGAUCAGAUCAGUGAUGCCCCAUCAAACCCUCAUCAGACAGAGUAUCAAAGAUCAACACAAAACCUGCAUGAAAAACAAGUAUGAGAGAUUAUUUGAGGGAAUCAAGCUAGAAGGGAAUCAAACUCUUCUGAACAGGAUCUACACACAGCUGUACAUCAUAGAGGGAGAGAGUGAAGGAGUGAAUGAAGAACACGAGGUUUUACAGAUGGAGAAAACAGCCAGAACACAAGACACUCCAAUCUACUGCAAUGACAUCUUCAAACCCUUACAUCAAUCAGAAUAUAAGGUGAAGGACAAAAUCAAGACUGUUCUGACUAAAGGCAUCGCUGGAAUUGGGAAAACCGUCUCUGUGCAGAAGUUCAUUCUGGACUGGAGUGAAGGAAAAGCCAAUCAGGAUGUAGAUUUGAUGUUUGUGCUUCCAUUUCGAGAGCUGAACUUGAUUAAAGAUCAUCAGUACAGUCUUCACAGACUUCUGCUGGACUUUCAUCCUGAUCUUCAAGAUCUGCACUCACAGAUUUAUGAGGAGUGUAAAGUUGUGUUCAUCUUUGAUGGUCUGGAUGAAAGCAGAAUGACGCUGAAGUUUUCAGACAUUGAGAGAGUUAGUGAUGUGAACGAGUCUUCAUCAGUGGAUGUGUUGAUGUCAAACCUCAUCAGAGGAGAUCUGCUUCCCUCUGCUCACAUCUGGAUCACCUCCAGACCAGCAGCAACUAAUCAGAUCCCCUCCGAAUACAUCAGCCGUCUGACAGAGAUUCAGGGCUUCAAUGAGUCUCAGAAGGAGGAAUAUUUCAGGAAGAGAAUCAGUGAUGAGCAUCAAGCCAGCAGAAUCAUCUCCCACAUCAGAAGAACCAGAAGCCUCCACAUCAUGUGUCACAUCCCCGUCUUCUGCUGGAUCUCAGCCACUGUGCUUCAAAACCUCCUGAAUCAAGAUGACGGAGCAGAAAUCCCUCAAACUCUGACUGAAAUGUACAUCCACUUCCUGCUGACUCAGAUCAGCAUGAGGAAUCAGAAGUAUGAUGAGAGAGAUCGAGAGAAACUCCUGCAGUCCAACAGAGACAUGAUUGUGAAACUUGCUGAACUGGCUUUCACACAGCUAAUGGAGGGCAAUGUGAUGUUCUAUGAGGAGGACCUGAUUGAGAGCGGCAUUGAUGUCAGGGAUGCCUCGGUGUACUCUGGGAUUUGCACUGAGAUAUUCAAGGAGGAAUCAGUGGUUCACCAGAGGAAAGUCUACUGCUUCAUUCAUUUGAGCUUUCAGGAGUUUUUAGCUGCAUUGUAUGUGUUUUACUGCCAUGUCAAUAAUAAAUCACUGAAGUUGUUUCAGAAGGAAGGAUUUCUGGAUAAGCUACUUAAGUCAUCAGUUGAUGAAUCAUUACAGAGUGAAAAUGGACACCUGGAUCUUUUCCUGCGGUUCCUACUGGGCAUCUCACUGGAGUCUAAUCAGAGACUCUUACAGGAUCUUCUGAAACAAAUAGAAGACAGCUUAGAGACAUUGAAGAACAUUACACAGUACAUUAAACACAAACUCAAGGGUCAGGAACCUCUCUCAGCUGAACGAUGCAUCAAUCUGUUCCUCUGUCUGCUGGAAAUCAAGGAUCAGACUCUCUACAGAGAGAUUCAAGAGUUUGUCAAAUCAAACAAUGACUCGGAGUAUCUUCUUUCUCUAUCUCACUGCUCAACAAUCGCCUACAUGCUUCAGAUAUCAGAGGAGGUGCUGAAUGAGUUUGAUCUGAGGAAAUACAACACAUCAGAUGAAGGGAGAAGGAGACUGAUUCCAGCUGUAGUCAACAGCAGAAAAGCUCUGCUUUCUGACUGUAAUCUCACUGGUCAGUGCUGUAAAAGUUUGUCUUCAUGUCUACAAUCCCCAAACUCACUAAGAGAGCUGGACUUGAGUCACAGUUAUCUGCAGGAUUCAGGAGUGAAGAUGCUCUCUGAUGGACUGAAGAGUCCACACUGUCAACUCAACAUACUGAGACUCAUUGCCUGCAGUCUCACUGGUCAGUGCUGUGAAAGUUUGUCUUCAUGUCUACAAUCCUCAAAAUCAUUGAUGGAGCUGGACCUGAGUCACAAUGACCUGCAGGAUUCAGGAGUGAAGCUGCUCUCUGAUGGACUGAAGAGUUGUCAACUCAACACACUGAGACUCAUUGCCUGUAGUCUCACUGAUCAGUGCUGUGAAAGACUGUCUUCAUGUCUACAAUCCUCAAACUCACUGAUGGAGAUGGACCUGAGUCAAAAUGACCUGCAGGAUUCAGGAGUGAAGCUGCUCUCUGCUGGACUGAAGAGUCCACACUGCCAACUCAACAUACUGAGGUUAUCUGGCUGUAUGGUGACCGAGGAAGGCUGUAGUUUUCUGGCUUCAGCUCUGAGUUCAAACCCCUCACACCUGGAAGUGCUGGAUCUGAGCUACAAUCACCCAGGACAAUCAUUAGUCAAGCUGCUCUCUGAUCCAAACUACAGACUGGAGAAACUCAAUAUGGACCAUGGAGGAAGAAUCAGGAUUAUGACAGGACCACACAAAUAUGCAUGUGACCUCAUGCUGGAUUUAAACACAGCAAAUACACGUCUUACUCUGUCUGAGAAGAACCGAAAGGUGACAUAUGUGAAAGACAAGCAGCCGUAUCCUGAUCAUCCAGAUAGAUUUGAUUGGUGUUACCAGGUUCUGUGUAAGGAGAGUCUUUUUGGACGCUGUUACUGGGAGGCUGAAUGGAGCGGGAAUGCGGUUAAUGUAUCAGUGACAUACAAAGAAAUCAAUAGGAAAGAAUAUAGUGAUGCCUGUUGGUUUGGACUCAAUGGAAAGUCUUGGAGUCUGAACUGGUGUAAAGGCAGACUCGCUGCCAGUCACAAUAAUAAAAGCACUGCCAUACCUGCCCCUUUACAUCGCUCUAACAGAGUAGGAGUAUAUCUGGACUGGUCAGCGGGUUCUCUAUCCUUUUACAGCGUCUCUAAAACACACACACUCACACACUUACACACAUUCAACACCACAUUCACUGAACCCCUCUAUGCCGGAUUUACAGUCUAUUGUGGUAGCUCGGUGUCUUUGUGUAAGAUUAAACAGCCGUCAAUAUAUAGCAACUAACAUAACACAGCUGUGUGUAUGAAAAACACCAUCUCCCUUUAACUAACUUCGAGAAGCACACACACAAAAACUUUGGUCUAAAUUAGACAUCCCUAAAUAUCCCUGAUCUGCAUCAGUAGAAGGCAAGCAUUCGAUUUUGUCCCAAGUACACCAAGAGAAAAGUUUUGGUUCAGGCAGGUGCAAAUUAUUAUUUUUUUUAGUGUUAUAAGCUUUUUGACUGAUCAAUGCAAUAUUGCACUGUUAAACUAAUUUGUGACUUUUAUUAAUAAACUAAUUUCAAGAGGAUCACAUGAUUAUGAUUGACCACGGUUGGUCCCGCAUUUGCUUAUACAUGACUCACCAAUCAGAUGAAUCCUAACACACUAUAAAUAACUAGAGUUUCUUACCUUAGUUAUCUUCGCCUUAAAGAAUCCCACUAUAUCUACCCCUACUCCUGCCCCUCUUUCCUAGAUUAUUCCAGGAUAAGGUGGCAUGGUGGCUCAGUGGUUAGCACUGUUGCCUCACAGCAUGAAGGUUGCUGGUUCGAGUACCUGCUGGGUCAGUUGGCGUUUUUGUGUGGAGUUUGGAGUUCUCCACGUGCUCCAGUGGGUUUCCCCUGGUUUCCUCCCACAGUUCAUAGACAUGCGCUAUAGGUGAAUAUAUAUGACACCAUAUAUGAGCAUUUAGUACUAAGCUUUCAAUGCACAAACUCUAAUAAACAAACAACAGGCCGGAAGAAUACAUUCAGGGGAGUUCUCGAGACCUACCUGAGCUCAGACUCCCCUCUCGCCCUACGAAACAAGAGGGAGCCCUGGGCUUGAGAAUCUUCUAAGCUCAGGUCUCUCUCCUGGGAUAGCAUGCCAAACACUCUUUAUCUGUCAUCAGCUAAGCGUUAACUGUUGACAAGUUGUUUAAAUGUGACCCUGGACCACAAAACUUCUUAUUUUUUUUAAAGGGAUUUGUUUUGUCAAAAGCAAAAUACAGCAUAUGAGUGAAUUUCUUUUAUGCCAAAAAAAGAUUGGCUUAAAAAUAGCAAAAGUAAAGAUCAUGCUAUAUGAAGAUAUUAAAUUAUUAUUCUGCAUUAUAUCUUUAAUUGAACCAAAACAAACUUUUUGAUUAGUUAUAUUGUUACGAUCCUGGUCUAGGGUCAAGGCCGCAACAUAAAAGAUCACCAAACAAAUAAAAAUAACUUUAAUGACCCUUAUGUCGGGUCCCUUUGUCUUUUUUAUCACCCAAAAACAUAAAGUCAACUACCUCAGAGUGAACCCACAAAAAACAAAAAGUACACUCUAAAUUAACACCCAAAUGAAACUUGUUACGAUAACCAACGAUCGCUGGUUCUCCCACACAUUAACCAUGGACUACACUUCCGCCUUCUCCUGGACUACAUAUUCAUACAUGCUCUCCGGACACGCUCACACAU